AUAAUCUGUUGGGACAGAUCUGCUGCAGUCACACCCUGUUCUUCCCAGGGUCCUGAGUCCUGUUGCAGUUAGCACAUGCCUUGUUCUAACCUAAAUAGCCCCAGAAAGUGCUGCUGUGAAAGACAUUACUGAAUUUUCUUCCCUGCACUUGGGGAGGAAGCUGGCUCAGGGGUUCUUAGCUGCAGAGGGAGGGGCUGUUGGGCCUGGACUGCAGUCCGGCUUGGCAGCCACGGGUUUUCUGGUUUUCAUUAAAAUUCUUUGGCAGUCUUUGGAGAUUGCUCCAUUGGGUAAGACUGUGCUGGAGCUGCCUGUGCUGUUCUCUCAGAGAGGCUACACACACCCAUCAAGUAACAGUGACCCUGAGGAGGAGAGAAAUAGAAGCCGUGUAAAUGAGUAUGGAAGAUUAUGAUUUCCUGUUUAAAAUUGUUUUAAUUGGCAACGCUGGAGUGGGGAAGACGUGCCUAGUUCGACGAUUCACUCAGGGUCUUUUCCCCCCAGGCCAAGGAGCCACAAUUGGAGUUGAUUUUAUGAUUAAGACAGUGGAGAUUAAUGGCGAAAAAGUAAAGUUACAGAUCUGGGACACUGCGGGUCAAGAGAGAUUUCGGUCCAUCACCCAAAGUUAUUACCGAAGCGCCAAUGCCUUGAUCCUUACCUAUGACAUCACCUGUGAGGAAUCCUUUCGCUGCCUUCCUGAGUGGUUGCGGGAGAUAGAACAGUAUGCCAGCAACAAGGUCAUCACUGUAUUAGUGGGCAAUAAGAUCGACCUGGCUGAAAGGAGAGAGGUCUCCCAGCAGAGAGCUGAAGAAUUCUCAGAAGCUCAGGACAUGUACUACCUGGAGACCUCAGCCAAGGAAUCUGACAAUGUGGAGAAACUCUUCCUUGACUUAGCCUGCCGACUCAUCAGUGAAGCCAGACAGAACACACUGGUGAACAAUGUAUCUUCACCUUUACCCGGAGAGGGGAAAAGCAUCAGCUAUUUGACUUGUUGUAAUUUCAACUAAAGGCUGAGGCAAGGAGAAACAAAGGGAAUCAGUAGCUGCCCCGGUGAGCCAUGAGUCGCUAGGGAGAUCUGGCAAUGACUCUGGCUCCUGCUCUGGCUCCUGCUCUCGGACCUUCUGAUUCCUGUGGGCUCCCGAGCUUACAAAGCAUGCAGGCCAAGGGCCUCAAUGACAGGCCGGCAUUAGCAGAACACAUAAUGGUUUCACCCUUUUGCAGUCUGGAGAUGGAAUACGGAGAAAAUUGCACUAAGCACUCCAUGAUCUGCAGAGCAUGCUGCUUUUGUUUUUAACAAAGCAAGUAAAAGUGCAUUCCUGAACACAGUCCAGGGGGACAUGUACUGUAGGAAGCCCUCCUGCCUGUCAGCGGGUGCAUGUGGGGGCUGUUCUUUAGUGCUUCAGUGGUAAUCUGGUGCCCGGUUUUCUUGUCUAUCAGGUAAACCAAAACUGGAAUGGCCUAGUAUUGUCUCUGUGGUACUUCCUGAUGACCCCAUGGAGAUUUUGAAAAGUGUUAUUUCUUUUGUCCAUAGGCACUUUCAAAACCUUUGGGAUAUAAAAAUGAAAACUCACUUAUGACCAACAGUAACAGCUAUUGUUUUAAUAAUAUAUACAAGCUCCAUGACUCCUUUUGGUGCUAUGAUUCUGCUAUUUCACAGACCAAACGUUUUAGUACAUCGAUACACUUAAAUGUAUUACCUAGAAAUAAAAAAGAAAAUGGGGGAUGUCCAUGAAUGAGCACUCUUUUUCGGCUUCAUUACCACCAUUUCUAGGAUGGGUUGUUCGGAAAUGAGAAUCCUUUUUCUUUCAUGUUGUCCUUGAAAUCUCUUAACUUUUCCUCUAUUCUUUUACCUUUCCUGCCCUCUACAUAAAUGAAAGUUGGAAAAAUGGGGGAAAUACAAGUGGAUGAUGACAUUUUCUUAUAAAAGAUUAGUUCUAAGACAUUUUGAGUAGCAUGAGGAAGAGGACCCAAUACGACCAAAUACUGUGGCGUGAACUGGCUUGCAGAGCAGGGUUCUGGACAGAGCACAGUCCACCAUAACAGGUCAUACCCUUUCCUUUCUGCAGCUAGCCUUGGAUCAACCAAGGCUUGAGAUUUUGUAGAUAUUUUUAGUAUAAGUGAGAAUAGCAACAGAUGAAAAGUCUCACAAACCAUCGUUCUAUCUUCAAAAGCCUUAGGAAAGUCCUGCUUGGGGGAGCAGGUUGAGCAGUUGUUUACCAUCCAUUUCUGUGAUUGCUCUCAGACUCAUGACCAUACGUGCAUUUCUGUCAUGUGAUUCCCCCAGCCUCAGUCUUCUCUCAUCACUCUCCUUUCCCCUCUCCCUCUUUCCCCUUUCCCUCCUGUCCUGGUAUGUAUGUGUUGUUGCAAAUCUCCAAUUCAAAUGAAGGUAUGUAUGCUUUUACUUAGCCAAUUUUAAAACAGGACUCAAAUUGGAAGAUCUGCUGCUGAAUAAGUUCCCAGUUCUUCAGUGUCAUACUUUGAUACCUUCUGAUUUGUUCACCCUUAUAAAUGCAAAUUCGUACAAUAAUUAAACCUGUAUGCUGUUGAUGCUGUCAGGUGUUCUGUUGCUUGCCGCAUAGCAUAACUGAGGAUGAGCCACCGAAUGAGGAAAUGACAAGUAAUUCCAUGUUGUUGAUGGUGACAAUCUUGUACCUGCCAUGUCGUUGUUGGGAAGCUGUUUAAUUGUAAAGCAAUGAGUCAUGUACAGUAGGAUACUGAUAACGCAUUUCUAGUGUUUCUUUAGCAGGUUCCAAAAUGACCAAUAUUGUUAAUAGUCAUUGGUAUUAUGACCAAUAUUGUUAAUAGUAAUUGGUAUUAUAAGUGAUUGGCCUUACUGUGUUUCUCUUGAUUCUAUGGGAAAGAGAACAGUUCCCAUAAGUUUUGUCUUUCCUUUAAAAUAUGUAUCUAUAGGAAAAAAAAAUCACUUUAAUGAAAACCAAAAUCAUUUGCAAUUAUUACCUUUGCUUCUCUAUCUUCUUCAUUAAACCAUCAACUAAAAGCAUCAGAAAAUAAAUUAAUCAAGACUACAGAAAAAUUUAUCCUUUUCUAUUGUGAGGUAAUGUCCCUAAAUUUAGAUUACUUUUCUUUAUGGCAAAAUUCUUAUCUCCUCAGCAUAUGAUGACUCAACUUUGUCUCACAGCAGUGUGUUAAAAAUAACAUUGCUUUGUCAACUUAAAGGGCUUUGUUAGAUUGGACUAAUUUAGCUCCAAAAUAACAGCUUCUAGGGCCACAUCUAUGUUAUGGAAUUCUUAUUCUCUAGGGCUGAUAGCCCCUCCACCUGCCUUUGACUAGACUCAGAAGGAGCUUAGAGAGCUCUGUUCCAGGUCCCUUUCUCCCUGGGUCUCUGAGCCUUUCUGUAGCUCACGGUCACCAAUCCUUGGCCCAUUGACAUGGGCACGUAAGGAGCUGGGGCCUUAUUUCUUUUUUCCAUAGUUCUAUGAAUUCCAGAUUAGGCCUUUUGAAUAUUUGUCCAGUGAUGUACCUCAAAUUUGAGAACAAUCCCUGACAAUAUUGUAGGUGCAAUAAAUACCAGUUGAAUAAAUGAUUCAGUGCCAAGGAUUUUUUUAUUUUUUUAAAAAUAUAAAUUCCUUGAAGCCAAAACUGUGAAAGUCCAUCUCUAAUAAAGUCAUCUUAAUCUGUGGCAGGACCUAAACAUUAUUUUGUCUAAUAACUUAGUGUCAGGGCAGUAGUUCUAUCAGACAAGUCUUUUUUUUAGAUAAAUUCUUACUUAAUGGUGAAUGAAACAGCAUUUGGUUUAUUGUCAUUUAGUUUGGCUCAUCCUGACAAGUAAGACCAUCUCUUUCUUCUUCCAUUUAUGAUAGGAUCUUUUUUCUUAUUUUAAUAAAAUUAUUAAGUACACAACAAUUUUUUUUUUGUAGUUUCCAGUGAAAACACUUUCAUCUUAUGGAGUCAAGCUGGGGAAAGAUUGCUGAAAUCUUAUUAUUUGCUGAUAUUGAUUAUAUGACUUUGGAUAGAUUGUGUCUCAAAGAACUUUGUGACUUCUUUUUUUUGAUGAAAGGCUGUUAUUCCUUUGAGUUUUUUAUUAGAUUUAUUCAGUUACAUUAAUAUUUAAUUUUUGAUUAUAAAGAGCCAGUUAUCUUUUGUGUAGACUUAGGUUAUGUCAUUGGCUUUCUUUUGCUUUCCUUUCCCCUGUAUUUUGGUUAUUUUUAUGUCAUUAUCUCCUUAAGUGGCAAGACAAUAACUGAAAAUGAAACUCGGAUGGAUUAGCUUGACAAUAUAUCAAAGUUCUGAUUUCAAAAUUAUUGAGAAACCACUACCGAACAAGAUGUUUGGAUUAGUAUUAUGAAAAGCAGUUAGACUUGAUGGAAGGAAGCAGCAUACUGAACGGGCUGUAGUCCUUAUUUUUUUCUGUUCAUGUGCGUGUACCUUCAAAGGACCCUGGUGACUCCUGGUGUUCGAUUAAUGAGUUGCCUGUCUACCUUUUGAGCUAUCUCACAAGCAUCACUUUCAGUUAAAGUCUCAUUCUGAAAAAGUAUCAGUUGCAAAUGAUUUUGAGUAGGUUGCUUGAUUAAACUAAAAUAUCUUUAAAAAGAACAGAAGCUACCAAAUGAGGUCAUCUUAUUACAAGAAAAUUUCCCUCCUCCUUUCCAUCUCUCAUAUGAGUGGCCUGCAGAAUGUUGUGCAUCUCGUGUAGGGAUCACUUCCUCCUCAGCCUCUGGAAGAAGUCCUAGCUUGCCAUUUUGUUUUUAAGAAUUUUUGUUUUAACUAUAGCUGUUUACUUUCUUUCCUCAACUGUGGCACUGACAGGUAUAUUUUGUAUCUUUCUCUCAAAAUGUAUUAUACAUAAGCAAUUAUGGUUAAAUACUUAUUUGGGGCUAAAUGGAGGAUAUAUUUUCUUUGAGGGUUUUGUUCCUGUGACAUGAGUUUAUUUGUGGAGAGGAAAGCUGCCUUCCCUUACACUGUACAAACUGGUAAUAUCUUUAUGCUGAUUUAAGAUAUUAUUCCUUCAGAUCACUCAAUAUAGAAUAAGGAAGAUGGUACUUCAUUUCCUUCCUAAAUUCCAUGGUGUUAAUGUUAUAAUUACUUCUGGGAGUCAUUGCUUUUCCCCUUUUUAUGAAAGACAAGAUCUCACAGCCUGUGGCCAAAGCUGACCUAGAAAUCAUAACAUAGCACAGCUGGCCUCAAACUCAUGGCAGUUCACUUGCCUCAGUCUCACCAGUACUGGAAUUAGACACCUGAGCCAUCAUGUCUGGUUUGAUGAGCCCAUCUUUGAAAUGAAAAACAAAUUGAGGCAUAAGUAUUUGGUAAAGGAUUUUGACAUUUAAGACAGGUGAGGAAUAUGUGAAGGGAUUUUUGUGGGACUUAGUAUGGAAGAGAGGAAUGAAUACAAUGAAGAGAUUUCAGCACAAUGCUCUGCAAUUCAAAGAAGCAGAAUGAAGCCCACAAUUGAGGUCAUAGAGCCACAGAUUGGGCUCUGUGUCUGGGAGAAUUUCUCAAAAAGUUGGUACCCCAUAGAAGCGAUUGCCUGUUUGUCAAGCAGAGGGUAGAUAAUGCUGCCAAGACAAUGUGGGGAUGAGGCAACUAUUGAUCAAGGGUUGGCCCAGAUGAUCUGUUAAGUCAAAUUUCUAAAUUGCAAAACCUUUUCCUUUUUUUUUUUUUGAGACAGGGUCUCACUGUGUAGCACUGGGUGACCUAGAACUUGCUAUGUAGAGCAGGCUAGCCUUUAACUCAGAGAUCCACCUGCUUCUGCUUUCUCAGUGCUGGGAUUAAAGGCAUGCAGCACCACGCCCAGCUUACCUUUUCCUAUGAUCAAUUAGGAUCUGUUGACCAACAGCUAAUGACAUUAAAGAACAAACAAGGUGUUAUUGUUGUCAUGAAUGCAUUCCAUCCUCCAGGGAAAAGUUGCUAUCUGUCCUUGAGCCAGGAGACUGGCCAGCCAUCAUGCCCUAAAUUGGAAAUGCCUUGUCAUACCAUAUAUCAGUGUCCUGUUGAAAUCAAACUGGUUCUUGAGCUAAAAAAAUUGAAAAGGUAUCAUUUAGGUAGGAGUUAUAUGAAAUUGUGGAAACUAGUUUCUGUUCAGGAUUUCAGGUGACAGUUUAGCAUGGCAGAUCUUCCAGUAAAGAGUCCCCAAUAGACCAACAUUUCAUGAGAGGAGGGCUGGAAGGUCACUGGUGGUCCUCAAGGUCUAUUUUAGGAAAGACUCAAAUGACAUCUGGUGGAUUUCUUUGAUUCUCUUGAGUGAGUUUAAGAGUGAAGGCCACUCUGAUUCAUGUACAAAGUAACAAAAUAUAGCUCUUUAACUUGAAAAUGAAAAAACUAUAAGUGAAUCUUUGCUAAUUAAAAUGUAUGAACCAAAUGAUUCCACCUGCAAAAAUAACCUGGCACUCUUGCGAGUCUGAUAGGUGGCUGAUGUUUGGUCUUUAAAGAUGGAGAUCAUUGGUUUUGAAGAGAAAGACUUGAAUUCGAGGGAGACUUUUUAACUUCUUUGAAUAAGAAGUUGGAACACAAAGGCCAGUUCUUCUUUGACCUCUUGAGAUGUCUGAGUCAAACUUUUUACUUUCCCAUUGAUUUAAAGCAGAACUGCAGAUGCUGAGCCUUAUUCUGAUGGAAUUCUCAGUGGAUGGUGAUUGACACUUCAGAGAAUGAUACAGAAGACAUAUAAAAGGGGACACUAGGUUAGCUGUGUGGAUCCUUACAACUCACAAGUUAGCUGGGACUUUAGAAAAGUUUGAAGAUGAGUUUUCUCAUCUAUGAGAUAGAAUUGUUAGCAAUAUUCUGAAAAUUAGAUGAGAUAAAUUGAAAUGUACCUUGCUCAGCAAAUAGCAAGUACUCAAAUAUUAUGUUUUCCCUUCCCUAAUUAAGACUUUGGAAACAGGAGCAGUGGUGUGUGCCUUUAAUCCCAGCUACUUGGGAAGCUGAGGUGGGAGCUAGAGCAACAUAGGGAGACCCCAUUUCAAAAUAAAGAAUUUGAAAUAUUUUUGGUAGAUUGCUAGAGAAUAACAUUUCUGAAAGGGAUCCUUAAAAGGAAUUCACUUAUUUGAUUUGCGUUUAGAUAUUUCAGUCACCAUCUGUUCUUUCAUACUUCUGGAAAGACAUUCUCCAUCUCAAUAGAUAAUUCCAGGGCUGUAUUAUCAGGAAACAUUUAUCUUAAAACUGAAAUACCUCACAGUGCAAUGAAAACCUCUUCUUGAUUUCAUUCUCCAUGGGAAGAAAAUGGGUUGAUAUCUUUAAGGAGCCACAAAUGCCAUUUAUUAAUGCUUUCCUGUCUAUUUUUUGAAAGAUAAAUCAUAAAAAGUAUAUUAAGGUCAUAAUCAUUAUUCCCUUGGUGAACAUCAGGAUAGGUGUAACAAGCUUAGUUUCUUACUGGCAUCAGAUUUAGAUCAUGAUACUGUUGAUUCGCUCCAUCUAUGCAUUUCCCCUUUUACCUCCUUAUAUAAUUGAUAACAUUGUCUGCUUUUGAAGAAUAAUUCUGGUUGUGUGGCUCUUGUUUCCAUCUGUAGGUAAAAAUGGAAUCAUGAAUCCCUUUUGUGAUUUGCUUUUAGAAUUUAAUUUGAUAUAUGACAUUUGAUGAAUGUAAUUACCAAUACCUGGAAAGGUUCCCCCUUUCUAUGUGUUAUAUUUUCAAAUAAAAAUUUGGGUACUAGCUACCUAAUGAAACAAACAUUCAUGUAUAAAGUAAGAAAAGAUAAGAAUUUGUUCUGUUAGAAUCAUUUACUAGUUGGCUAAAUGGCACACAUCUUUUGUUUAAGAAUACACAGUUAUGCCUGGAUUAAAUAAUAAUAGUAAACUUGAUAAGCCCUCUGAAAAACAGCUGCUAAACAUACUGCUUUCUGGAAUGUAAUCAUUAGGAAUAUUCUCUUGCUGUAUACAAUUACAGAAUGCUAGUGGAACUUUCUUGUAGACUAUUUGACAAUGAAUGUCAGUUGAUAUACUAAAUGAAUUUUUUAGUUAUUUAAUCCUUUUAGGGCUUGUUAGGACUUUACUGUCCUUGUUAUAGAACAUUUCAAAUAAUUGGGAUGCUAUCCUCGAACUUCUACUCAUUGAAGUGUCCCUCUAGACAUAGCAGAUGGUUAGAGCUCCUUCGAUGGUAUAUUACUGAGCUACAUAAAGCUACUUCAACUACUGCAUGAGUAAAAUGGCUGUUUUCAGAAAAGAAAAAAAAACUCUGCUCAAAAUUUCAACCAAUAAAGACUAAAACAAGAGUUUUAGUACUCUAAAGGGAAAAGGUGUGCCCUGUGUAUAUUAUUGCACACACUUCAAUGCAUGACUUUUAGUAUAGGGGUGAAAUAAAAUGCUGAAUAUGUCAUUCUGGAGAGCUCAGCAGCUAGUUAAAUAUUUAAAGAAGCUGCUUUAUGAAGACUUAGAAAAUCCUUGAUUUUCUUCUUUUUCCCUCUCCAUUAAAAUAUGGAUGUUUUACAUACACAGUUUUAACAAACAGAUUGACCAGUGAGUUUUAGGGACUCAAUUCUUCAUAUUUGGCUACUAGUUUUACACAUAGGAUCACAGUAAAAUCCAUACGCAUCAUUAUACAAAACAUAGUCAUCUGCUUCAAUAUAAGCAUAGUUCUUGAUUUUAAAUGUCAAUAUGAUGUUAAUAUAAUGUAUAUUUUGUGUCCAUGUGGUGUUUUAAAUUUUUUUUAUCAAAAAGGCCAUUAGAAAUGUAAGCCACUGAUGACCUCAGUGCGAUUAGUUAACAUUCUGUAGGAAGAUGAUUUAGGAAACAGUCAGUUCACAUUUCAAAAGGGGACAAAGAGGGAACAGGAACCCAAACAAAAUAUUUUUAAAUAAAAUUGUAUCUCUUAAAAUAUGUAAUUCAUAUACAUGUAACUCAACUUUUAAAGUAUAAAGUUCAAUGUUAGUAGUAUAUUCACUAUACAGUAUUGUCACUGCUAGCCAACUUCAGAACAUGCUGUCAUUCCAUCAUUCCCCAAAGAGGGGAUCUAUUAGCAGGCAAGCCUCUUUCUUCUCUUGCAUUUGGCAGCAACUCAUCUACUUUCUGUCUAUGGAUUUGCUUUUCAUAUAAAUAUAAUCCUACAACGUGUGACCUUUUGUGCCUGGCUUCUAUCAAGGUUAAGGUCAUCUAUGUUGUAGCAUGACUCAAUUAUGUUCUUUUCAUGACUAAGUAAUAGCCCAUUGUACAUAUAACAUUUUAUUUGUGCAUUCAUCAGCUUUUAGACAUUUGGGUUCCACUUUCUGGCUAUUAUAAGUAAUGCUGCUAUGAACAUUUAUAUAAUUUUUGUAUGUGGUCAUAAGUUUUACAACUCAAGAAUAGAUUAGCAAAUCAAGAAAUUUGUAUUUAUUAAAAGAGAACUUCUUAAAGUUCUGCUUGGAGAAUUAGACCCCAGAAUAAUGGAUAGCUGUCCAGUAUAUCCAUAAGAAUCUUUCUCGGAGACUGUCAUUUCUCUGUGGCAAUUACCUUCUUGAGGGCUGCUUCAGUCUUUAGUAGACAUUAUUUUCUUAUCACUAAGAAAUUUCAAAAUGCUCCACACUCCUCUAAAGGAUCACAGCAAUGAUGCUGGAGAGGGACACUCAAAAUCUUGUGGAUCAUUAAGUCAAAGAAGGAGCUUUUGAAAGGGACGACUUCUUAAAUAACAGCUGUUCCAUAUUUGGAUCUUCCUUCUUGAAAAGAAUCAUCAAAUUGCCAAACCACCUGACUAUCUGCAGUAAUUUAUGUUUUUAUUAUUAAGAAGUUAUUCAUACUGAGAGUAAAAGUGAAAAGAAUGUAUUUUAUGUGCAAAGAAUGAAUGUAUUUAACAAAAUCUUUUUAUUUGUAACAAUUUUUUAAAAAAGCUGAAUGGAAAUUGCUUUCCCAUGUACUUGUACAUAAAUAAACUUUUCCUGUUGCCCCCAA